AUCUCUGCGUGUUCCGGUUCUUUGUCAUCAAUGGGUCGCCGGGCGAGUCCAUUUCUAGUGCCACUUGAAUACAAUUUACGCAAUAUUUGAGCUAAUUUGUGAUUUUAUAUGAUACUGGACGAAAUACCCUCGCUUAUCCUUGCGAUAUCGGUUAGCCCAAGACGUCCGGGCGGACAAUAUUUAGGAGAGUUUGGCGUUAGGCCCUUUCGGUAUUAAUGAGCCGUACCCACUUCAGCUGACUGCGUCGUACGCAAGGCUACUCCAACUAAACUAGUAGUAGUCCGGCGUUCGAGGGAGGCGGUCGGGUGCUCGUUCGCGGUAGUGAUUUGCGGAUAUGUCAUUGAGGAUUAAAAUGGUUUUGGAACGUUUUCCAUAGGCUCGCAACGGUUUUGAGAAAGUCCUAACAAGUUAAGAUUCGAUAUAGAGACGCGGAGUGUGCCCAUCGGUAGGGCGCAGUGCAAGUGAGUGUCGCGGUGGACGAUAGGCCGAGCUGAGGCUCAAUAAUGCUCAAAUUCUUGACUCAUAAGCUACGAACGCAUUCGUUGAAUGAGGAGAACGUUUCCGAGAAGGUGGAGGAGCGAGACUCCGGCACCGAGUCGGACGACGAGGCGGAGCGCGCCGACACCGGUGAAUAUUGCGCCGACGUCAUCAUGAAGUGGAACGACGUCACAGAUAUCAGUAUGAGCGGCGAAGCGUGCGCGUGCGCACCGACGCCGCCGCGGCCGCCGGCGCCCGAGCCCGACCAACUAUACGAUCAUCACUCAUCCGAGGAAGAAUUAGAGGUUAUCAACGGCGGGCCGGUGGGCGCGGCGGCGGGUGCGGCGGCGCGGGGCGAGGGGCGGCGGCGCGGCGCCUCUUCGCCGGCGCGCGCGGCUCCCGAGAAGCGGCGCUGGCCAGCGGAGCCCUACGACGACGAGCUGGCCGCGCGGGCGCCCUCGUCGGACGACGAUGACACUAAGGUGGAGACCCCGGUGCGGUUCCGCACAUCACCACCUCUGGAAGCACUGAAACCUCGGCGGGCGGGUGCGGGGUCAGCAGCCAGCAGCGUGGGGUCGGGGGUCAGCGGCGCGGGGUCGGGGCUCGCGGGGGCGGGGGACGCGUGCUGGCGCGCGCCGCCGUCACCGCGCCGCCGCCGGCUGCCGCUGCCGCCGCCGCGGAGACACCGCCCGGCGCUGGAUUUUGAUAAAAUGCAACAGUUGAAGGUGGGCGGCGGCGGUGUGCGGUCGUGGCGCGCGGUGGGCGGCGCGCACGGCGGCGAGCUCUCCGUGUUCUGCUGGUGAUGUCGCAAGCACACGCCAUCCGCACUGCAGAUUUAGGGAGUCGCCCGCAAGCGCGAGCCUGGCGCUGCGCGCGAGUCCGCGCCGCGGCCCGGCGCCGGUACGGUCCCGGCACGGUGUCGGAACGGUAUCGCUACGACACCGGCACGACACCGGCACGGGCCCGGGCCGACUCCCACGGACGAUUUUAGACGACUAUUUGACUUUCAUAUCAUUGUAUCGAAUCGAGAUCGCUCCAGUGUUAGUUCCUUUACACUCAAUGAUCAAAGUACAAACUUACCGAUAGAAGCAGUCGCGCCGACCGAACGUAGUUUUUGGAAGUAUUUACUCAUUUUGAAUACCGCGUUUAAGCCGUUAUACACCGGGACGCGUCGCCCGACGGCCACCGGGCGUUUUGUACGAGGCCAUCGUUUGUUACAUUACGAGUUUUUUGUAAUUAGUCGUUGUGAGCGGUUUUGUCGAGUGACGGGCCCCGCGCGGGGCGCAGCCGCGUGGGGCGCUGCGCGGGGGCGCAGCCGCGUGGGGCGCUGCGCGGGGGCGCAGCCGCGUGGGGCGCUGCGCGGGGGCGCAGCCGCGCGGGGCGGCGCGGGCGCACGCGGGGGCGCCUGACAUUUUUGAUCUCGAAUUGCGACUGAGACGCCGGGCGUUUGUGUUGACGGAAACGGAACCGCAUUUUUGCGUUUCCCCGUUAUCGUUAACGCAAAAUCUCGAGCCGCGUUACGCGAUUCCUUUAUAGAUUAUCAAAAUAUUUUUAUGAGUUCGACGUCGACCGGUACGAGCGCGGCGCGGCCUCUUGUGCAAUAUGAAGU